AUGCAGUCUCAUGACUUAGUCUUUGCUCCACUACCUAUUAAAGAAGGAGACAAGACCUUCGUAGGCAGCUUCCAUUCAGGCACCCAGAAGGACACAGAAAGGCAAGACAAUUUAACAGAGCUAACUGUAUUAGCUGGUGGAGACUGUUCCCAGCUCGUCUUCAUGUUGCCCAUUUUAUUCUCUGCAUUUAUCCUGUCUGCUUGCUGCACAACCAAGGGGAACUGCAUCUCCUAUGAUGAGCUGAGAGAGCUGAAGACUGAAUUUGCCAUCAGCCUCUACCAGCAGGUGUCUGAAGCAGAGAACAGGACCAAUCUGGUAGUCUCUCCAGCAAGUGUGGCUGUUUCUUUGGAGCUGCUGCAGUUUGGAGCUCAAGGAAAUACCUUUACAGAGCUGCAAGAUGCCCUAGGAUAUAGCAUUCAUGAUCAAAGUGUGCAGGAUUUCAUGCACACGGUGGAAGAAGCAGAGACUGACUCCAGCCAAGGCACAGUGGUCCAGCUGGGAUGUUCCCUCCUUGUGGAUGCAGGCGUGCAGCUCUCGCCCGACUUUGCCGAGCGUGCCAUGCGCUGGGCCAAUGGCAGCCUGCUCCAAACCAACCUCACCGACCCCAACACCACCCACGCACAGCAAUGGAUCACCUCUGACCUUGCAGAUGGGGAUAUGCAUGGGAUGACACUGGAGAGCGCUGGGUCAUCACUCAGCCAGGUCACCCUAGUGAGCACCCUGUACUUCAGAAGCACAUGGCAAAAGAAGUUUUCCUUUAUGGAUUCCCAGAUGUUGCCUUUUACAACGCCAGAGGGCUCAACCCUGAAAGUGCCUACCAUGCACCACACAGCUGAAGUUAACUAUGGCCAGUUCCAGACUGCAGCUCUGGAGGCUUUCAGCGUGGUCGAGUUACCCUACCUGGGAGAGAAACUCAGCAUGUUCCUAGUGCUUCCCAGCCACAAAAGAACACCUUUGUCCCAGAUUGAGUCUCACCUUUCUGCCAAAACCAUAACCCUCUGGGCCAGCAGCUUGAAGAGAACAAAGAUGGACAUUUUUCUGCCUAGGUUCAGUAUUCAAAGCCUUUUUGACCUAAAGACGGUUCUUUCUGCCUUGGGAAUUAGAGAUGCAUUUGAUCCCAUCACUGCUAAUUUUAAAGGCAUUUCAGAGCAAGAUAGUCUCUAUAUUUCAGAAGCUAUUCACAAAGCAGAGAUUGAAGUAACAGAAGAUGGUACAAAGGCAUCAGGAGCUACAGCAAUGGUCUUACUGAAAAGAUCUCGAACACCUAUUUUCAAAGCAGAUCGACCUUUCAUAUUUUUCCUGAGACAAGCUAAUACAGGUAUGCAUGCUCUGCCGUCCAGGAGCAGAAUCCCACGCAGGUGGCACUGA